AAAACGCCAGGGGAUUCCCGCCUGUCUCAAACAAAAGUUCAUCACCAAGUCGAGGCAAACCGGAAGUGUGCUUUUAUAGAGCUGAGAUCGCAUCGCUCACGUUACAGCACAAGCAGUGCCACAAGGAAACCGCCACAAGUAUGGAAUUGUGUGACGACUGACUAGAGAAAGCAGUCGAAAAACCUGACGAAAAGUGUAUUCUACUAGCGAGAAUUUAGCACUACCUUCUACAAUAUAACGCGGUGCUUUGCACUCGUCUAAACCCCGAGUUUGCAGUCUCUGGCUGUGAAAUGACUACAUACUACAAACAUACGUGUCACUGAACUAAACAUGGCCUUGGGUCAAGAUAUGGCAUUUUAUAUCUGACAACAUUAUGUUCCGUGGACCGAAAAAGCGCUACAUCGUAGCCACCAUAUUUUUGACUUCAACGUUUUGGCUGUCAAUAGAGAUACUUUUGCUGAAUUACACGAGUCGCCUCGGCCUUGAUCAGAAAUCCAACAGAGCGGAGUUGGAAACAUGGAAACCUAAAUCCAAGAACACUAAACACUUGGACUCCCACGAGCUAUCCAUACCACCCAACAAACUUUUGCGAAUUCAAGAUUUUCAGUCCACGUACGUUACACAAAUCCCACGUAUCGCACAACAGGGGGAAAAUGGGGCGAAAGUUUUUAAUAGCCCGAGCGAGAAAGAGAUCGAAAAAGAACGAUUUCGCUUAUACCAAUUCAAUGAGCUCGCAAGCUCCAAGGUUGCUCUGGAUCGAAGCAUUCCUGAUAAUAGACCCCAGAGUUGUCUUUCGCUGAGUUACCCGACGAAACUACCAACUGCAAGCGUAAUAAUCAUCUUUCACAAUGAGGCCUGGUCCACGCUACUAAGAACAGUCCACAGCGUGCUCGCACGGUCCCCCCCUUACUUACUAAGGGAGAUCGUAUUAGUAGAUGACCAUAGCAGACUGGAUACUUACGGGCAUCUCGGAAGCAAGUUAGAGUCUUACAUCUCUCAGUUCACCAAGGUACAACUUAUACGCGCCCCGAAACGGGAGGGACUGAUUCGAGCACGUCUCAUCGGCGCCAAGCAAGCUAAAGGGGAGGUUCUGGUGUUCUUAGACUCUCAUUGUGAGGCGAACUUGGGCUGGCUUGAGCCUCUUCUCGCUAGAAUUGGUGAGAACCGGUCAAUAGUGGUGACGCCGGACAUUGAAGUCAUUGACCUGCGGACUUUCGGCUACACGCAUGAGCACGGGGCCAACAAUAGAGGGAUUUUUAAUUGGGAGUUAACAUUCAAGUGGCGUGGAAUCCCGGAAUAUGAAAGACGACGGAGAAAAAGCGACUCUGAUCCUAUCAGGUCGCCUACAAUGGCCGGUGGACUAUUUGCCAUUGACAAGUCGUAUUUUUAUGAGAUCGGAUCGUACGAUACAGAGAUGUCCUUCUGGGGAGGAGAGAACGUCGAAAUCUCAUUCCGGAUAUGGAUGUGCGGUGGGUCCCUAGAAAUCAUCCCUUGCUCCAAGGUAGGUCACGUGUUUCGAGAGAGUCAGCCGUACAAGAUUGGAGAAGGUGCUAUCGACAGGAACAACAUGCGGCUAGCAGAGGUCUGGAUGGAUGACUACAAAAAGAUAUUUUACGCGAUGCGACCUCAGCUGAAAGGCAAGGAUUAUGGGGACGUUUCGGGCCGCAAGGCCUUACGGGAACGCCUCAUGUGCAAGAGCUUCAAGUGGUAUCUAGACAAUGUGAUCUCUGAACUUGCUAUUCCGGACUUGUACCCGAUCGGCCGAGGCGAGAUCCGUAACCUUGGUACCAACACUUGCCUGGACACUUUGGCUAAGAAUGAAGCUGGAGGAGAACCUGGAAUGUACAUGUGCCACGGCAUGGGCAACAACCAGUUUUUCAUGUACACGAAGAAGCAUGAGAUGUGGCAUGAUGACCUCUGCCUGGACUUGACCAGCAGCGACCAGGACACCAAAGUUAAGGUGUACACCUGCCACGGGAUGGGCGGCAACCAGCAGUGGACCCAUACCAAGGGCGGGUUCAUCAAGCAUUCGCUGCACGAGGCGUGCUUGCAAGCCCAGGAUGACAAGCUGCUAGUUAGGCCAUGCGACCCGAACGUGUCUUCACAGAAAUGGCUUUUUAGCUCCUACCCGGACUCAGAGAGAAAAGGCAAAGUCUUAUAACACAGAUUUUCCAUUUUACAGCCUAGGAAUGCUUUUCAAAUUACAUAUCACGGCUUUUUGUGCCAAUAUAUUUGAAUAGUUCAUAUUAUAUGUUAUAUAAUGGUCACUGUCAUGGAUUUUUGAACAUUUCACAUAAUGUGUUGUUAUAUAAUGCUAUUGAUAUUUCAUAGUUUACUGUGUUAGCGGCCACUUUUUACGAAUAACCAGGCAUUCGGAGUGUCAGGUUGGUACGAUCACUCGACCCAGAUUUCUUAUUACUCUCUCUGCGCACCACAGAAAUCUGGAUGCCUUGUAUUCAUAAAACAGAUUAGACAGCUUCUAAGGCUUUUUCCCUGGAAUUAGAUUUGACGAGCGAAUUUGAAAAUGUGGCUGUGGACGCUACAGUGGAACCUCGAUAAAACGAUAUGACCGAAAUAUUGCAUCUUUAUCUAAAAUAUCGUGUACCGUUAUAUCGAAGUUCCAAGGGUUCUAGGCUCGGGGGGGUGGGUGGGUGGAUCGGGGGUGGGGGUUAUUAUGACUAAUAACAAUUUACAAAAUUUACUGGCUUUGCUCGCAGGUGAAGCUCUGCUCGCCUCGACUAGCCUAAGCUAGAUCAUAACACGACACAAUAAUAUAUGAAAGAAGGCCAAUCACACCGCCAUUUUAUGCGUCCACCCAAUGCCAAAAACUCAAAGCAUCCAUUUCCAACAGCUUAUUCAAGCAAGUGCUGAAAAACUUUCAAUUAAUAUUAUUAUUAAAGUAGAAGACUUCAAUCAUGGAUGGUUAUUUUGAAGUUUUCUUGCAAAUGAACCAUUGAAUUUUCAAUUAUAAACAAUAACAAAGGAGAAGUUGAUCGACAUUCUUUAAAAUAAAUAAAUUAAGAAUUUGAUCUAGGGUUCACUUUUACACGUAUAAGGGCAUUCAUCUGCGCAAAACUGGUUGACCUCGGAAUAAGUCGUGUAAUUUGUAUGAUCGUACUAGCCUGACGCAACAAUUCCCUGCACUGCGUCUUUAAUCUUAGGGAUAUUAUACCAGAUUGUUAUAACUUGUAUUUCCUAUUAGAGUAAAUAGAUUUUUACAUCUUCAACUAAUAUAUCAAUUUAAAAAUCAAUUCAUCCAUUUCAAUCAAAUCAAUGUCAAAAAGUUUUAUAAAGUUCUAUUAUUGGAAGAUAUAGUGAAACC